CGCAUGCGUGACCUCGGGACCGCGCGACCCGCGCACGUCUAUAGUGGGCGCAGGGGCAGCUGGGAAGAUGGCGGCCUGGGUACCUUGUCGGAGGUGGGGCUGGGCGGCUGUGUCCUUUGGCCGGCACCGAGGCCUGACCGCGUCACUAGGUCGGAAGCCCCCGCGGGCAUGGUGGCUCUCAGCUUACAGACAAAAGACAUCACUUUCUUUCCUUAACCGACCAGAACUUCCAAGCCUGGCUUAUAAGAGGUUAAAAGGCAAAACCCCAGGAAUUAUCUUCAUCCCUGGCUAUCUUUCUAACAUGAAUGGUAAAAAGGCAGUAGCAGUUGAGGAGUUUUGCAAAUCUCUAGGUCACGCCUUUAUAAGGUUUGACUACUCAGGGGUGGGAAGUUCAGAUGGUAACUUAGUAGAAAGCUCAGUGGGGAAAUGGAGAAAGGAUGUUCUUUCCAUACUUGAUGACGUAGCUGAAGGACCACAGAUACUGGUUGGAUCCAGCCUUGGUGGGUGGCUUAUGCUGCAUGCCGCGAUCGCACGGCCAGAGAAGGUCAUAGCUCUUAUUGGAAUAGCUACUGCUGCAGAUGGUGUGGUGACGCAGUUUCAUUCACUUCCUGUUGAGAUGAAAAAGGAAAUAGAACUGAAAGGUGAGUGGUUCUUGCCAUCUAAAUACAACAAAGAAGGGUAUUACCGGAUUCCGUACAGUUUCAUUAAAGAAGCGGAGCAUCACUGCCUGUUACACAGCCCCAUCCCUGUAACCUGCCCUGUGCGCUUGCUCCACGGCAUGAAGGACGAAAUAGUUCCUUGGCAGAGAUCCCUGCAGGUUGCCGACCGACUAGUCAGCCCAGAUGUAGAUGUCAUCCUCCGGAAACACAGCGAUCACAGGAUGAAGGAAAAAGCAGAUAUUCAGCUGCUUAUUUGUACUAUUGAUGACUUGAUUGACAAGCUUUCAACAAUGGUCCUCUAGAAUCACAUUUGUGGUCGGUGUGCACUCUAGUGCAUCCAGAAGACUGAAAGUGUGGUAAUAAAUCAAAGACCCGGAUCCUUCAGGGUUCCCACUUUUAGUUUGUAAAUAUCUGAUACAUAUUUAUUUAAUGAUGUCUUUGCACAAAUAUACAAAUUGUGACAAAAGUAUUAGCUGCUGUUUGGAAAUGUUUGUCCUCCUUUGAUAUUUUUCCCAUUAAAAUAGUACCUAUUUUUUUAUUAAAGAGAUGUUUACCUUUCUAUGUACACUUUAGCUGUGCCAGCUCUUAAUUCUGUUCCUUUCUUCUACAAUAAAGCUUGAAUAUUUUAGGUUUUGUCUGGUACCAUUAUAUGUGGAAGUUUGUAAAAUUCUGAUUUUAAAAUGCAAUUCACAAAAUAGAGGAAGAUGUUUAUUCAGGUAACUAUGAAAUGAUUCUAAAAAUGUCUGAAGCAUAAUAAAGUUGGAAAAAUGAGGGUGCCAUGCUAUAUUUAAAGCUAAAAUUACUGUUAAGGUUAAAUUUUCUUGUGAUGUAAAAAAUACUUCUAAAUUUUGAAUUGUCCUUCUUAUGGGAGUCUUGCAGAUUAUUUUUUUAAGUUUAAAUGUAAAAUAACGGGUAAUCUCAUUUCCCACUUCUUUCAUUUGAUCGUUGUACCUCACUUAGCUGUCGCUCUGCUGCCUUCCCCUCUCCGCUUCCCUCCACACCCUUCCUCCUCAGUCCCCUCUGCUUCCAUGCCAUGUCUCUGUAUGAAAGCAUAGAUACUGCGUCCCUCCCCCACCGUCACCCUUUCAGGCUCCCCUAAUGUACUUUAGAGCCUUCUCUGCAGUCUGUUUUCCCUAGCCAUGCAAUAUAUGUAUAUUUAAAUGUAUAUUCCACAUAUGAGAGAAAACACUUUCCAUAUCUAAUGUUUCUCGUUACAUAAUCUCAGUUCCACCAUGUUCUUGCAAACACCCUUAUAGUUAAAUGGUAUUCAUCUAUUGAUGUAGUAAUUUUAUAUGACUGGUUAGACUAAAGAUAUGACAGGGAGAUGAUCUUUCUGCAUUAAUCCUGCUUUGGUGAAUACCAUUUGGCUGGCAAAUUAAUUGGAUUAGUACAAAUAGUUGGGUGAGUACCACUUUAGUUUGAGUGGGAGAAGGGUAGAGUCAGUAAGGAAACAUGAAGUACUAGUAUAAGGAGUGGUUUUUAAUAACUACUGAGGUAUUAAUAUAUAUUAGCCUUUAUAAUAAAUUGUAGCUUGUUUUUUAGUUACUAAUUUUGACUAGACUUUAGCCUUCAUGGGUUAUAUCUGUCUAUGUUACGAUGACAACAUAACUUACAAAAUGAGUGUCAAAGACUUAAUUUAUCUCACAAACGUGGUUGAAAGGUCAGUUUAGGAAACAUAGUGUUUAUAGCCAAUAAAGAAAAGGGUGAUAAAAUUUCUAUGCAGCAAAGUGUUGCAGCUGGUUGGCAGAUCAUCCUGAGAAACAUACCUUAGGAGUUUGCUUUGUCUGUCUGGGAACUUGGAUUUCAGGGUCUCCCACUGUGGCUAGAAAUGAGCAUGUCGCUCAUCAUGCUUACACCAGUUCUCUGCAACUGGUUUAUGUGGAACACCACUUUCUUCCCAGGAGCCCAGAAUGUUGAUAUAUGUGGAGCAGAGACUACCCCUGAGUAGUUCAGCAAAACCCUUUGGCACCGACUCUUAACAAGCUUUCUUGUGGAUGGUAUCACAUGAGCUGUUGGAGCUCUUUGCUGGAGACCCAGUUUCAGGCUGUGUGACUCCAGUGUGGAUUCUUGGAAGCUUACCCCCAGUUUCCCUGGGCUUCAUCCCAUGGGCCUUCUUCCUUUGCUCGCUCUGCUUUGGAUCCAUUCACUCUAAUAAAUCAGUAGUGAACAAACUG